GACCAACCUUCGCUCCAGCACAUCAUCGCCGCUCUUGCAUCCACGACCAACCAGCGCACCAUGGCCAAAGAGGAGAAGCCGACACAGAAGGAGGAGGCCAAGGCCGUCCAGGAUCAAAAGCCAAAGUCGACGCUCGAGGACGACGACCAGUUCGAGGACUUUGUUGCGGAAUGUAUCGAGGAUGACCAGCCCAACCCCAAUUCAUGGGCCGCAACGUGGGAAGAUGACGAGGAAGUCGAGGACUUUUACGUUCAGCUCCAGAAUGAGACCAAGAAGCGUGCCGGCGCAAUGCAGCUCUAGAGAGGCGUCGGUCUCUUCUUGAAACAACACCUUCCAGCCACCCCCAUUGAGCCACCCAUCGCGCCCGAGAGAAAGAGUUCGACUGUGAUCGGUCUGUCCAAGAGCAAUUCCCUUCAAGAAAGCCCGCACAUCCAGCUCCAUUGCAUCUCUCGGACAUUAUGGGACGCAUGCACCCACCAAGCAGAGCCCCACAGAUGCGGGCUGAUGUUCGCGGAUCCGGUGCAUUGGCCAAGCUGCCAUACGGGGCAAUCGCAAUAAAAGGUUGCUCACCGGAUGCAA